AUGGCUAGUUUGAAACGAUUUUUAAGAUUUUAUGAAGAAGGAUGGAAGGUCGUAAGGAAUCCACAAUACGAAACCGAACAUCUUGUCCCAUACUACUUUCGAGAACAAUUAAAGGCCAUGCUCUUGUACACCAACUCAGAGGAACUCCGGCUGCCCAACCGAACUCUUUGGUACACCUUUGUCCUGAUUACACUCUCUUUAUUUUUCACUACACUAUGUUAUGGCUUGACGGAAUCGAUGGGAGACAUUGUGGAGAUGGGACGAGAUCUGUCGUUUAUCCUAGGGUUUAUCUUCAUUUUCUUUAAAGUCGUUUACUUCUUUUGGUAUGCUGAUGGACUGGACGAAGUAAUUGAUGCUCUAGAUGCUCUAGGUCAUCACUGGCUGAAGGAAGGUCCUGGUUCCGAAGAAGCCCGAAAAACUAGGCAUUGGCACUUUACUCUGGUGGUUUUGCUACUUACAACUUGGUCUUUCUUUAUGGCCGUGUUUCUAAUAUUGGUUAUAACAUCCCCAUUGUGGGUGGUUCAGCAGAAUUUGCCCAUCCACGCAAAGUUUCCCUUGGACUUGCAAAACAAGUUUAAGCACCCGAAGACCAAUGUUCUUUGCUAUUUGUAUCAGAUCCUUGUGAUCCCUUACUGUCUGGUUUGGCUCGUGUGGAUGGAGGGAUUGUCUGUGUCCAUUUACUGGGAAAUUACCUGUGCCAUCAAGGUGCUCUGCAUCGAACUUCGUUAUUUGUCCAAAAGAUGUCAUGGAGAUGGGCAGCUGCUCAGGAGGGAAGUAAACCGAUUAAUAGGGCUCCACCAGCAUAUAUUGAACAUUCUAAAACGCACCAAUGAAGUCUUCACUGGCACUCUCAAGAUGCAGGUGAUAGUCAACUUUUUCCUGGUCUCCCUGUCGGUUUUUGAGGCCUUAAUUGCCCGAAAGGAUCCCAAGGUGGCCCUCCAGUUUGGAGUCCUCAUGCUGCUCGCCUUGGGACACCUAUCGUUGUGGUCCACGUUUGGAGAUAUAAUGUCGCAUGAGUCUUUGAAUAUUGCUCAGGCUGUCUAUGAGGCCUAUGAUCCGCACUCGGGAUGCAAAGAAGUUGCUCGAGAUCUAUGUUUUAUGAUUUCAAGAGCCCAGCUUCCUAUGCAAAUGGUGGCGAGUCCUUUUCCGGCUUUUAAUUUAAUAAACUAUACCGCGAUACUGAAUCAAUGUUAUUCAAUUCUGACGCUGCUGUUAAAUACUUUGGAUUAA